CUAUGGUGUAUAUUAACCUGAGCCAACAGAACAGUGUCAUACAGUUAUAACAAGCUUUAACUAACAAACGGCGGAGGAGAACUUGUAACUUUCGUUUUUUUGUUACAGCUGCCUCUACAGUGUUUGAGUUUUUGAAGUUAUACGUACACACCUACGAUAAUCAAUUACUGCAAAAAAAGUACGCUUAAGUUGCAAACGUGGUUAACAAUUAAUUCAUGAUUAACUUGCACUUGAUACUUUAUUCUUCGACGAACAGACAUCUUCCUGUGAUGUUACCUUUGCGCGGACUGCUGGUCAUAUUGGCCUUGGCGGUAAUGGGGCCGAAAGGGGCCUCUGGCCACGGACGGAUGGUGGAGCCGGCGGCACGCAACGCCAUGUGGCGCCUCAACUACAAGAACCCCCGCAACUACAACGACAUGGGCCUCAACUGUGGAGGAUUCACGAACCAGUUCGAACGUCAGGGUGGACAGUGUGGGGUGUGCGGCGACCGCCCGGAGGGCCCACGUGACCACGAGGCGGGUGGCAAGUACGCCAGGGGCGUCAUUGCCCGUCAGUACAAGGUGGGCGCUUUCAUCAACGUGACCGUAGAGCUCACCAGCAACCAUCAGGGCUACUUUGAGUUCCGGUUGUGUCCGGUUAACGACCCCCGGAAGAAGGCAACACAUGCGUGCCUGGACCGCCACCUCCUCAACAUCGUAGGUCACGGCACGCGCUACUUCAUCACCGUGCCAGACGGGUCCGUGGUCAUUGAGCUGAUGGUGAUGUUGCCGCCCAAUCUCCAGUGCUCCCAGUGCGUCCUUCAGUGGAAAUGGGUCGCCGGUCAGAGUAUGGGGCCAGACGGAUACGGUGGCGAGUGUCUCGGCUGUGGAAAUCAGGAACACUUCAUAAACUGCGCUGAUGUCGCUAUCGGCCCCAAUGCAGUGUCGCCCCUGCCACCGCUGGCUCCUGGUAUUACACCUCCCGCCGCUCCGGCUCCCGCACCUGCGGUCGCGGCUCCAAACACAAAUUACGUCGCUGCUGGGCCUACAUACAACGUCCAAUCUGCUUCGGAUACGCAAAUGGACACCGGAGUGGCUCUUAUGAAACAUGUUCUCCAGCGGCUUUUACAUGCCCAGAAAAAGGAGGCAGCAACUCAACCGUGGGCCGGCCUGCCGGCGGCUGCUCCUAUCGCUCCGACAAAUCAGUGGAACCCUCCCGCCCCUCAACCGACAUGGCAGCAAGCGCAAACACCAACACCCUGGCAGGCACCAACACCCGCUCCUUGGAAACCUACAACUUCCCGGCCGUGGCAUCAGUCUGACUCUUCUAACACGGAGGUGAACUAUCCUGGAUACGAACCUGGGGAGUAUCCGGAGCAAGGAGAAUCUCCAUCAUCCGGAAGCAGUCAAGGGUCGCAGAACGAACUUUACAUUAAAGGAUACAAUGAUGCACUCAAACAGUUCCAGAAAUCAUUCGGCAUGCCGGGCCUUAACAUCAAAUCAAAUGCGCCAUUCAAUGAAGCUUCACUUGCUUUCCAAGAAUCACAGAAAAAUAUCGUACCGUCAUAUGGAGGCAGUUCAUCUGGGGCGUGUCCUGACGGUUCAGAGUUUGAAUGCCGAGCGACAAACACACUGCAGGGCACUGAUUUUGACUCUUUCUGCCAAGGCGCGUGCGUGAACGGACAGUGCCCCACUGAUCUGUGUGCGUGCACGUGUCCCGGUGGGACCCAGGGCUGGAGCGGUGCUGAAAACAGCAGUAGCGGAGGCGCAAACUGUCGUGGCGUGGACAGGUCGAAGGGUUCCGCAAUGGACCGCUGGUGCACUCUUAACUGCCAACAAAACAACUGCCCGAGUAGCAUAUGCACGUGUAGUUAAUCAUUCUACCAUCGAUCACCAAUUUACCUGCACCACCCCGUGCACAACGUGGACGGUACGACGCCAUGAUGCUCAAUUUGUAAAGCAUUGCUUGACUUUUCGACAGUCGCGUCUGCAUUUGAAUGUUCAUUGAGGGCUGAAAGGUUAUAUCCUUCGUCUUUCAUUUGAUUUAUAUCAUACUGUACAGUUUUCCUUUUCAUGUUUUUAGCAUAUUUCCCCAUUUUCACAUUGUUUGCGUUACCAUGACAUUAAGAAAGGAGAAGUCAUAAAACUGUUAACACUAAACGUCUGAGCAUAAAGGUCUCUUUUCUUUUAAGGAAAUUACUUUUCAUGCGACAUUUACUAGAUACGUGUCAGGAUGCUGAGUGUUUUAAUGUUGUAUAACGGUUGUAUAUAAAACAAGUAUUUUAUUUGUUUGACAUAUGUGAUUUACAAAAAAAUGUACUGAUUGAUGUAGUUUAGUUGUCUACAAUGUAGAAUCAUUCAGGUACUGACGGUAUAUGUUAAUUUGCGGGAUGCUUACAACAUCGUAGUGUUAAUGAAUGCUUACAUUUUUUACUUUCAUAAUUGUAUAUGUCGUGGCGCGCGUUACUGUGACUGUCAUCCAUGGUUGUUUAAUUUAUGAAUUGUCUCAAAUAAAACAGAAAUAUUAUUAAAAGUUUGAAAAAUG